AUCAACAAAAAGCGUCAGACGUCUCUUAUCAUGCGGAUUUAUACUCGCGUCUGAGUACCAAGCGGAAGCGAAAGUAAAACGGUGAUUGUGCAUGUUAUUUGAACAAACGAGAAAAGUAUAGAGCUGUGAUAAUCGGGCCACAUCUGACGAUAGGCCGGCGAAACUCAUAGAGAAGAUCAAGUUUCGGAUAGAUCGGUGGCUCCGUAAUAUGCACGAGAGACACGGGGAUGUGACCUCCGCACGACGAUGACCCGUGCGAAACGUACAGUCAGCGCGAUUGCAAAAGGCGGCCGCUGAAUCGCAGACUUCGCGCGGCGUUCCAGCAAAGACGUCCGAAGCUCGCUCGUUCGGGUCAAAGCUUACAUACACCACGUUUGCCGAGCUUUCCGCUGGGUGUCAGCCGGCCUUUCGCGAAGCGAUAAGCCUUACAAGUGAGCGCGCGCGGAUGCGAGUGUAUGAUCUCACGAUGUGCGCGCAUGUGUGCGUGACACCGUGCCGGUACGAGGCACGGCGCUGUCCGCUGCUGCUCGCCGUUCCGCUUUGACUUCGCACCCCGCCGCCGUCGUCAGUGACACUGACUGAAGUUACGACACCGCAUGGCUGCCGCGGAGACACCUCGGAGCCGGCUGCGGAGAGGUGCGACGUCGUGACGCUGCCGCGUCGUCGCGACGCUUUCAAUCCUGCCCUGCAGUGAGUGAGCGGUCGGAUUUGUGUGUGUGUGUGUGUGUGUGUGCGCGCGCGACUACUGCCACAUUACCGCGCUCUUUAACAGUGGAUCGUCGUUACAGGUGCUCGUUGCAGCGUCCGACAUCGCGGGCGACCACGUGGGGAAACAAACGAUUCUAAAUUUUCGCGUCAGGAUAUAAUGCGCGAACUGACAGUUUGCGAUUUUGUCGGGCAAGUCGCUUCUUGCGCGCGUGAGAGAAGAAGACGAAUGUGAUAAUUAUUUCGGCGUGGCCGAUUCUCUCGCGGGCGUUCGGACGUGCUUUCGAUGCCGGCGGCGAGACGAUCCCGAAACGCAAUCGAAUCUUGAAAGGGGGAGGAAGGAACGAAUAUUGUUCGUGUCACGGCUACCCGCUCGAAUAUGGAGGACAUGAAAGUGCCGAACCUGGGUCAGGCCGCUUCGGCCGCGUGCUCUAUGGCGUCCAAUUUCUUGGCACCGGUGAAGACCGAGCGCCAAAUCUACGAAAACUCGAUGCUCGAGGACGAUCCCAAUGCCAACUCGGUAGUAUCGACCUCUCAAGAGGACAGGACUGUGCCUAGAUGGGGCCCGAAUCACAAAGGCGCUCAGGAACUCGCGAAUCUCUACAGCACCGGAAAGAGGACACAAGAGUGCAUCUGUGUGGGGAUUUGCAUUACCCUGAUAGCCGUGAACUCUAUCUUCGUGCUCAUCAGGUUACGACCGGAAAAUCUGAGUUCCAUAGCAAUGGCAGCAUUGUGCGGCAUCAUUACGGCUGAUUUUGGCUCCGGUUUGGUUCAUUGGGCGGCCGACACUUGGGGAUCGGUGGAGCUGCCGAUCCUGGGGAAGAAUUUCCUGAGGCCGUUUCGCGAGCAUCACAUAGACCCGACGAGCAUAACGCGACACGACUUCAUCGAGACCAACGGCGAUAAUUUCAUGGUCACGAUACCGGUCCUGUCGAAGCUCACGUGGGACUUUCUGACGUUACCCGAAGCGGACAUGCAGCAAAAGUUCGUCUGGACGUGUUAUUGGUUCCUACUCGCGAUUUUUGUCGCGAUGACCAAUCAGAUACACAAGUGGUCGCACACGUACUUCGGACUGCCUGCCUGGGUGAUUUGGCUUCAAGAGCAUAGGGUUAUCUUGCCAAGAAAGCAUCAUCGGGUGCAUCAUGUCGCGCCUCAUGAGACUUAUUUCUGCAUCACCACAGGAUGGUUGAACUGGCCUUUAGAGAAACUACACUUCUGGUACAUCAUGGAGGUGAUCAUCGAGGGUGUCACCGGUUGCAAACCCAGGGCCGACGAUCUGAAAUGGGCGCAGAAACGCUCUUGAGAAUUAAUAAUCGUUCUGCUCUCGUUGUACAUUUUGUUGUACGAUCGGGAUAUUUAACAUACAGCCAAACGUUGGAAUACGAAACCACGAAUGACGAGAUACGACGAGAUAGAAAUUAAGCGGAGUAUCUGUUUGGGCAAUAGUAAAAGGCUUGCAACACGGAAUCCUUGAUGUUUCGAGAGAAAGAGGUGUUACAAGAAGUAUAUACACGCAUACAUACAUACAUAUAUAUAUAUAUAUAUAUA